AUGACAUCUGAACAGGUUUUUGCAUCCACACCAGCUCAUUCCACAGCCACAGCCUCUUCUACUAUUGCUACUUCCACCAAUGACUCAAUUCAAUCACAGCAACUAGAUAAUAACUGUAUCAAACAGGAAAAAGAUGAUCAUCACGAUAUUACCACGCCAGUUACUACUAAUUCAACCACUAAUAUACUGAAAAGACAGAUAGAAGAGCAACAACAAUAUACUACUAACCCAAAUGCAGACAACAGUGCCACCGCAGCUAAUAGUGUAAAUGGUAAUUCAUCUAGACAAAACUCUAAUUUGGACAACACUUUUAAAGAUUCUGAAGAGAAUGAACAGCCAGAGCAGCAUCAAGAUAAAAAAAUUAAGCUAGAUAAGAAUGCAGAUGGUGAUACUACUAGUAGCAAGAUUCCACUGGAAAAAGAGAAAGAAGAAGAAGAAGAAGAAGUAGUAGUGGACCAGAAUAAAAGUACUGGUAAUAUAGAGACUGCACCAGCUGAUAAUAGUAUAGUGAAAACUACAAAUGAUGCUACUGAUAAUAAAGAAGGCACCUUAGAGAAAAAGGAAGAAGAAGAAGUGAAACAAAAUAACAACACCAGUAAGAUAGAAACUGCAACCAAUGCGAAUAUUUCGCCAAAUCAAGACAAAUCCAAAGAACAACAAGAGGGGGAGAAAAAAGUACAGGAGCAGGAAGAAACUGGAGACCCAACUAAUGUUGAACUAGAACAAAAGUUGCCCACAGUCCCUGCUCCAGCUCCGCCUCUAGAGCCCGAUAUGAAUAAUUUGCCAGAAAUUCCUUUGCCACCACACCAAGCCAAACAAGCUUUAACUUCUAUAAAGGCUGUUAAAAGGUUAAAGGAUGCUGUCCCAUUUUUGAAACCCGUCGAUAUUGUUGCACUUAACAUUCCUUUUUACUACAACUACAUUAAAAGGCCAAUGGACUUGGGCACCAUGGAAAAGAAAUUAGAGGUUAAAGCUUAUGCAACCGUUGAACAAUUUAUUGCCGACUUCAAUCUAAUGGUUGACAAUUGUAUCAAAUUUAAUGGACCUGGCAGUGGCAUUGCCCAAAUGGCUAGAAACAUACAAGCGAGCUUUGAAAAACAUAUGCUACAUAUGCCUUCAAGAGAAUUACCCAAACCUAAAAGUAGCGUUUCUAAUACGGCUGUUGGAAAUCAAAAGAAGAAUAGUAGGAAUGGUGGUGACGACUUAAUAGUGAUUAGAAGAGUUUCUGGCGGGAACAAUGGAAGACCCAAGAGGGAGAUUCACCCACCAAAAACUAAGGAUAUUUAUAGCGAAGAUAUUGCCAACACUAGGCCAAAAACCAAGAAGGUUAUUCAGGAACUGAAUUUCGCCAAACAGGUUGUUAAAGAACUCAUGUCAAAGAAAUAUGGCAACAUUAAUUUCCCAUUUCUAGAGCCCGUAGAUGCUGUAGCACUAAACUGUCCAGAUUAUUUUGAUUAUGUUAAGGAGCCGAUGGAUUUGGGUACUGUUCAAAGCAAAUUGAAUAAUAACAAAUAUGAAACCAUAAGCGAUGUGGAAAAGGACAUUAAAUUAAUUUUCCAUAACUGCUAUACGUUUAAUCCUGAGGGUACUGAUGUUAAUGUCAUGGGCCAUCGUCUAGAGGAAAUUUUUAAUAAAAGAUGGGCAGCAAAGCCUACGAGACCUGCUGGUUCCACUUCGAACAAUGCAACUUCUGCUAUCUCGUCGACAGGUGCUAGUAACUAUUUGGAUGGGAAUGAGAAUGGUGGCACUGAUGCUGCAGAUAAUGGUUAUGAGUCGGAAGAUAUAGAUAUUGACGAAACACUAAUAACUAAUCCAGCUAUUCAAUACUUGGAACAACAGUUAAUUAAAAUGAAGGCUGAACUACAGAAAUUAAAGAAACAGGAAUUGGAAAAGAUCAGAAAGGAGAGAAGGGGUGCCAAGAACUUGGCCAAAAAUAAAAGAAGCACUAAUGGUAACAGCGGCAGAAGAAAAAAUGUCACAACUACCUCAAACACUAAUAAUAAUAGUGGCACUGGUGGCGGUUCCGUUACCAAAAAGAAAAAUGGUGUUAUCAGGAGGAGACGUAGCAAAAAUGAUAAUUCUUCAUUAUCGGCUGAUCGUUUUAAAACAGUGGUCACUUAUGAUAUGAAAAAAAUCAUUUCAGAAAAAAUUAACGAGUUAUCAAACGAAAAGCUGAAUGCAGUUGUUGAAAUCAUCAAAAAUAGUAGCCCUGACCAUGGGAAUACCAAUGGCGAUGAAUAUGAGCUAGAUUUGGAUGAUUUGGAUAAUAAUACAAUUUUAACCAUUUAUAACUCCUUUUUUACGAACAUGAAUAAUAAUAAUAAUAAUAAUAAUAAUAAUAAUGACACCAGCAACAGUACGAAUAGCGUUAACGGUGUCAGCCACGGUAGUACCAAUGUUAACGGGACUGAUUUUCCCAAGAUGAAUAGCCUGCAUUCAGAUUCUUCCAACGUCGACGUGGAAAAUUCAUUAUCUCCUCAGACAAUGGGCCCAAAGGUCCAGAGAAGAAGGAGGAGCAAAUUAUUAUCUGAAGAAGAACAGAAUAUGCAAAUUGAAAAAAUCCAAAAAAAGUUGGAGAUAUUGAAUAAUGCGUCACCCCAAUCAACAGCAAGCUUUUCACAUUCUCAUGAUGGUUAUAGUUCUUCUUCUGAGGAUGUUAGUAGUGAAAGUGAAGAAGAGUGA